CUUUACAAAAAUAUAGCCGUUGGGAAGAAAAUCCGUUCAGUUUAUUUGUUUCCUUAACGUUCAUCUUCCUCUCUCUCUCUCUCGCUCGCUCGCUCUCACUCUCUGCUCUGGAAUUCUGAUCUAUUGCUCGAUAAUUUUCAUUCAAUCAGGCGGACGAAGAUUGUUCACUACAAUCAUGGAUGAUCGAAUCCUAGAAACCUCAUGUUCGAAUUUUGAUCAGGCUGUUACGCUAUCCAAUGGUGAGUUUGAAAAUUUCGGUGUAGAUCGUGUUCCAGACACUCCAAAGGAAGAAGCUGAAAAAAUUGAAGGAAAUGUUGAUUCUGCGUGUAAAGAUAGUGCCUCCUCUGGUAAUACCGAAGAAUCCUAUUCUUGUGAGGGGCAAACCCUUCCUAUUAUUCCGAAAAUCGAAGGUCUCAGCAAGAAAAUUCAGAAAAUAAAGGAGAACUAUGAACAUUUGCGGGAGGAAGUGAAGGGGAUCCCUGAUUCUUUACUUGAUUUUGAAUCUGUUUCUGCUCUACAAAAAUUCAGUAAGGAAUGUGAAGAUCUAAGAACGAAAUACGUUGAAGAGUGUGAAUUACUGAGAAAUAAGUGUCUCGAAGAAUGCUGUGAAAGAAAAAGACUUUACAAUGAAGUGAUUGAGCUGAAAGGGAACAUCAGGGUCUUUUGUAGGUGCAGGCCACUGAAGCAAGACGAGAUUGCCAAUGGCACAACUUCUGUCGUUGAUUUCAACUCGUCCCAGGAAAAUGAGAUGCAAAUUAUUUGCUCUGAUUCUUCGAGAAAGCAUUUUAAAUUUGAUCAUGUAUUCAAGCCUGAGGACAACCAAGAGGAUGUGUUUCUUCAAACUCUUCCAUUGGUGACAUCUGUCUUGGAUGGCUACAAUGUGUGCAUAUUUGCUUAUGGACAAACGGGUACGGGGAAGACGUACACAAUGGAAGGAACUUCAGAAAACAGAGGAGUAAACUACAGGACUCUGGAGGAGCUCUUUAAGUUGUCCAAGAGUCGAAGUAGUAUAAUGAGAUAUGAAUUAUGUGUUAGCAUGUUGGAGGUUUACAAUGAAAAGAUUAGGGAUUUACUUGUCGAGAAUUCAAACCAACCUGAGAAAAGGUUGGAGAUCAAACAAUCUGCUGAGGGCACUCAAGAAGUCCCUGGACUAGUCGAAGCUCGUGUUCAUAACACGGAAGAAGUUUGGCGCCUGCUAAAAUCAGGAAGUCAAGCAAGAUCCGUUGGGUCCACCACUGCCAACGAGCUGAGCAGCCGUUCUCACUGCUUGUUAAGGGUCACUAUCGCUGGCAAAAAUCUAGUAAACGGGCAAAUGACAAGAAGCCAUUUGUGGCUAGUCGACCUGGCAGGAAGUGAGCGCGUUGGUAAGAUUGAUGUCGAAGGCGACCGUUUGAAGGAAUCACAGUUCAUAAACAAAUCCUUAUCUGCACUGGGAGAUGUUAUCUCUGCAUUAGCUUCCAAAUCAUCUCAUAUUCCUUACAGGAACUCUAAACUCACACAUAUGCUGCAAAGCUCUCUCGGCGGAGAUUGUAAAACAUUGAUGUUUGUACAAAUCAGUCCCAACACAGCCGACUUGGGAGAGACCCUUUGUUCCUUGAAUUUUGCAAGCCGCGUCCGGGGAGUCGAACAUGGACCUGCGCGUAAACAAUCAGACCAUGGAGAACUCCUCAGAUACAAGCAGCUUUUAGAAAAAGCAAAACAAGAUGAGAAGGAAAUGAAAAAGUUGCAGGACACGGCGCAAGCAUUGCAGCUCAGACUUGUUUCGAGAGAAAGCAUUUGCCGAAAUCUUCAAGAAAAGGUUCGAGAUCUUGAGAAUCAGCUAGCCGAGGAGAGGAAAACAAGGAUGAAACAAGAAAGUCGAGCAUUAGCCUCGAUUUCUACUCACUCAGUUUUGUCGAAUCCAAACAACCAACCUUCAAUGGAUAAAAAACCUCCAUUGGCUCCUUCAAGAUUAAGGCCUCCGCUGAGAAGAAUUACAAACUUCAUGCCGAUAAGAUCUCCAGUUCCCGUGAGCAGAAACAGCAGCAGCAUGUCGACAUCCUUCCUCCCAACAGUGAAUGAAGAAGGGAAAGAGAAUCCUCCUCUGCCACGAGCACCUCUCAAGGUGUGGAAAGAAGCGAGACGAGGCUCCAUGGCAGUAGUGGGGCCUUCUCCAUCAUCAACCAUAACCGGACGAGCUUUCCAGCCUAAGAGGCGAGCAUCUGUAGCAACUCUCGGGCGCGAAUCCACAUCCAACACGAUGGUGAUGAUGACUCCAUUACAACGAUCAUCCAUGAGAACAUCGAGACCUGAUGUCGGCAGGCAUUCGCUUGUUCCAUCAACCAUAACCGGACAGGCUUUCGCUACAAAGAUGAUGAUGAUGACUCCACUACAAAGAUCAUCCAUGAGAACACCGAGACCCGACAACCGUGGCGUCGGCAGGCAUUCACUUGUUUGGGAUCCACAACAAGUAUCAUCAUCUAGGGUGUGUUCUCCUCCUCCUCCAUUGAGAGCAGCAGCAAGUUCGGAGGCGGCCGCGGUGACAUUUCGCAGCAGCAGCAGGAAGUUCAGAGGGAGUCCUCCUCCUCAGACUGUGUGGUCGUGGAAGCCGAAGCACCCUACAGUGGUGGCGCUGCAGAAGAAGCAUUUGGGACGGAGUCCAUGAACCUGAGGGAGGAAUUUAAUGGUAUUUUGAGCAAAGAAACAAAAAUAUAUAUAUAUAUAUAUGUAUAUGCUGUUCUAUUCUUUGGUUGUAGUGUCUUUUCUUGUAGUCUUCUUCUUCUUCAGUUGGUGCUUGCUGUCUGUGUGUGUAUUUUAGGAAUCUAGUAGUGGUGGUAGUAGAAAUGCAAGAAGAUAUAUGAGUGAGCAUUGAGAAAUUUGAAGAAUAUCUAUAUAUAUUAUAUGUGUGUGUGUUAUGAUAACUUUU